CGCGCGGCGACAGUUGACUGCGGCGGUUGGCAGUUGGUCUGCUUCGUCGGUGUUCGCUCUCUCUGCCCUUCUACCUCGUACACGAUGUCGGGUCGCGGCAAGACCGGAGGCAAGGCCCGCGCCAAGGCCAAGUCGCGCUCAUCGCGCGCCGGCCUGCAGUUCCCGGUGGGGCGCGUGCACCGGCUGCUGCGGAAGGGCCACUACGCCGAGCGCGUGGGCGCCGGCGCGCCCGUGUACCUGGCGGCCGUGCUCGAGUACCUGACGGCCGAGAUCCUGGAGCUGGCGGGCAACGCGGCCCGGGACAACAAGAAGACGCGCAUCAUCCCGCGCCACCUGCAGCUGGCCAUCCGCAACGACGAGGAGCUCAACAAGCUCCUGGGCGGCGUGACGAUCGCGCAGGGCGGCGUCCUGCCCAACAUCCAGGCCGUGCUGCUGCCCAAGAAGACCAGCGCCACCGUGGGGCCCAAGGCGCCGGCGGGCGGCAAGAAGGCCACCCAGGCCUCGCAGGAGUACUAAGGGAGCCCGCGCCGUGGCCGCCCAGCCCUCCCCACACCUUCACAAAGGCCCUUUUCAGGGCCACCACUUCCCUCACAGAAAGAGCUGAGCCACUUAGGGCCGCGGGCCGGGCCGCCUCGCCCCCGUUCUCUCCUGUUUUCUUCUGCCCUCGCGCGUUUCUGCCUCCCUUUUCCCCUGCACGGCCUCCGGGUCAGCCACGGAGGACGCGGGCGCCGCGGCACCUGCCCAUCCAUCCCGGAGCUUCGCCGAUCUCCGCCUUCGAUGGGCCGCGCGGAGAGGCUGCGACACCUUCCAGAAGUCUCGUCUUGUUGCUGUGACGUACGGCCGAGGUGGGCCUGAAGGCCGGUGUGUGGUGUGGCCGGGACAAAAAUCACUGUAUUACGAACCGAUUUUCCCCAGGAUGCCUCCUGGAAAGGGUUUGGGAGAAGCUUACAGGCCUGUGGACAGAAGAGCUGUGUUCCUGCCGCAGGAGACUGGCAGCCGGGCCUAGCCAUCCCCUUUUCUCCCCAGCGACUCAACUCAACCCAAACACCUAGAUACCAGCACAAGUCGGUGAAAUCCCUCUCUGGACUGAGCCUCUGUUGGCUUCUGAACUGGAAUUUUGCAGCUAUCCCAAGUUUAGAACCUUAGGUAGUGGGGAGUUCCGAUGGGCUAAUUUUAUUAAAGGAUUGUUUGGUUUUUUAAAAA